AUGGCCACUGGCGCUGCAGGGAGGUGGCAGCUCUGCCAACAAACCCUCGUGGCCGCCUCGUCUCCUAACGCCGCGCGUUGUCGUGUGCAGGAGGAGCUCAGCAGCACCAGCGUGGAGCAUCUCGUCAUCAACCCCAACGCUGCCUACGAGAAGUUCAAGGACAAACGUCUGGGCACCAAGGGAGUGGAUUUCUCCGAUAGCAUCAGCAAACCCCGGACCACGGGCUACAACUCUGGGGAGUAUGAAAUGCUUGGUGAAGGUCUUGGUGCCAAAGAGACGCCCCAACAGCGAUACCAGCGGCUGCAGCACGAGGUGCAGGAGCUGGUUAGGGAGGUGGAGCAGAUCCAGAGCACAAUGAAGGAGUCGGCAGCGGAGGAGGAGGUGACACCCAUGGCUUUGGCCAGGCAGGUGGAGGGACUGAAGCAGCAGCUGGUCUCCAGCCACCUGGAGAAGCUGCUGGGUCCCACUGCAGCCAUCGAUUUUGCUGACCCUGAGGGUGCCCUGGCCAAGCACCUGCUGCAACAGCUGGAGGUGGCCAAGUGCAGCAAGGUGACAGCAGGGAAGAGUCCCACCAAAACCCCGGCACCCGGCGCAGACGCCGUCACCUUUGAGCUGUACUGGAGACCAGAGCAGGACCAGUUUGCCCAGACUGCCAAG